AUGGACCCUCCGCCGAGGGAGGCGGCAGCGGCUGGCGGCCGCAAGCUGCGCCGGAGAGGAGGCGGACGGAACCGCCGGAAGCCACAGGCCUCGUCGUCUCCGCAGGGGUCAGCUCCUCCGCCCGCCCCACCGGCGAAGCGGAAGCGCGGGUCCGACGCUACGCCCGGGGGCGGGGGACGAGGCUGCAAGCCGACGAAGAAGCCCACGUGCCUCCUCGACAAGAUGCGUGCAAGGUUAUCUGGUGGUCAUUUCAGAAUGUUAAAUGAGAAACUGUACACUUGCAGCGGUAAAGAUGCUUUUGACUACUUCACAAAUGAGCCUGACCUUUUUGAUGUGUAUCAUGGAGGAUAUCAAGAGCAAAUGUCACUUUGGCCAGAGCAACCAGUAAAUGUUAUAAUUAAUUGGUUGAAUAGUAAUAGUGCGGCUUGGACAGUUGCAGAUUUUGGCUGUGGGAACGCAACAGUUUCUAAAAAUGUGAAGAAUAGUUUCUCCAUCGAUCUUGUUUCAGAUGACCCUUCAGUGAUUGCCUGUGAUAUGGCUCAUACACCAUUGGAGUCAUCCUCUGUAGAUGUGGCAAUAUUUUGUCUUUCUUUGAUGGGUACAAACUAUCCAAGGUACAUAGAGGAAGCAAACAGAGUUCUGAAGCCAAGUGGUUGGCUUCUUAUUGCUGAAGUGAGGAGUAGGCUAGACCCAAACACUGGAGGUGCUGAUCCUGAUAAAUUUUGUGAAGCCAUCAGCAAGCUUGGGUUCUCCCUUGUUUCAAAGGAUGCGAAAAAUAAAAUGUUCAUUCUGUUCUAUUUACAGAAAAAGGAAAAGAAUAAGGUGGCCAAAACCAUCGAUUGGCCUCAGUUGAAACCUUGCUUGUACAAACGGCGAUGAUGUCUUCCACUGAUAACUAACAUUAGACCUAGUGCAGAUAGUUUGCACGAGGAGCUGUCAGA